AUGGGUCAUUACAAAAAGGAUUGUCCAAAAGCAAGGAAUGUCGGAGGUGUGGGCAUAGUUCUAACAAUGGGGCACGAGGAGGCCGUGAAUGAUCCUACCAUGGUUACCGGUACAGUCCUCCUCAACAAUUCAUAUGCAUGCAUACUUUUCGAUAGUGGUGCGGAGAAAAGUUUCAUGAGCCACAAAUUUAAACACUUACUUAAACAAAAUCCCCAAUCACUAAAAGACACAUUCACCAUAGAAAUGGAAAACGGAAAGGCAGAGAGCACUAAUGAUAUAUACAUAGGAUGUACCCUUACUCUAAACAACUAUUCUUUCCAAAUCGACCUAAUGUUGGUCACAAGAAAAAGUUUCGACGUCAUCAUUGGCAUGGAUUGGUUAAGUCCUCACCAUGCCAAUAUCCUGUGUUACAAAAAAGCCAUUCACCUUAAUAUUCCAAGUAACGAAAACCUCGUCAUUUAUGGCGACAAACCCGUAAAAAACCUUCAAAUCAUUUCCUGCGUCAAGGCUCAAAAGUAUCUUCGCAAAGAAUACUACACCUUCUUAGCCUACGUGGUGGAUAAGAAACAAGAGGUAAAAGCCAUCAAGGAUAUUCCCAAAGUAUGUAACUUCCUCGACAUAUUUCCUGAAGAUCUCCUAGGAGUACCACCCGAACGCCAAGCCGAGUUUAGAACUGACUUGAUUCCUGGAGCUACCCCUGUAGCCAAAUCCCCAUACUGCUUAGCAUUGACAGAAAAGCAGGAAUUAUCCAGUUAA